AUGUCGGAACGGGAAGAGCAAUUCAAGAAUGCAAAGAAAUGCGCCGACACGAUCAGGUUCAAGACGGAAGACGGCAAGAUACAUGUGAACCAGCCAGCGAGAGUUGUACCUAAUCAGGGUCUCAAGGAUAUAUUCGGCAUUCAGAAUGCUUUCACUAGUCUGAGUAACAAAAGGCCAUUUGUAGAGAAGGCGGAGAACUUGAUGCUAAAGGCGCUGAACUGUCAAAAAGACUCCCCGGAUGACUGGACCGAUCUACGACGCCGUGCCCUAACAUACUUUGAUGAAUACAUGAAUCGCAAUGGUACAUGCAAUUUCAAGCUCGCGGAGCUCACCCAGUACGCUACCUUGAAACUCUCACUUUGCUACUUGUUCGACGGUGCUCAUGAAGCACUGAAGAGUAACACUCAUUUCGAAGACGUCAUCUACAUUGGAAAACGCAUCAACGAGCUGUGGAUCAAGAGUAAGCAGAAAGACCUUGCCGAGGAAGAACACCCAUUAUGGAAGGACGAAACAAAACUACAUGAUGCUCUGCGGCGAGUAACCUUUAGUGCCCUAAGGGUUGGAAUCGGUGGAUAUCCCGACGACACAACCACGGUCGAUCCAUUAGACCCCUCCCAGAAUCCAAUGAACUUGCUACUGCCCGCUUACGAAACCAUGUGGAGAGUCGUUUUACGUUGCUUCUUGGAAGUCCAACACCGGGCUGCGCAGAACAAGAAUAUCUGGACUACUGUUUUGAGAGACUAUCUCAGUGAUCUCAAGGUCCCAAACAGUAUAGAGAAUGACAUCUUCCACAAGCCCACUAAGACCAAUGACGGUGUUAUUAGACCAGUCGAGAUCGUCAAGGAGGCUCUACGCCUUCACCCUCCUACACGUCGCGUACAUUGCUGUUUCAAUGACCAAGAAGUAAAAGCAGAUAUCGAGGCGUGUCACAGACAGGAAAUCCUCUGCGGUGAUGACCCAAAUGUGUUUCGCCCUGAGCGCUGGCAGAAUCUUUGCUCGAGUGCGAGACAGGCGUAG